AAAAAAAAAAAACAGAGUAUUUACAUAUAGGAAAAACAAGAGCGUUUUAUAUAGUAUGACUAGUUUCUUCUCUUCCGCCAAUUCUCAAAGGCAAAGAUAAUUCAUCUCGUUAUAGGAAGCGAGUUAUAUCUUUUUAGCUUUGCUGGGGAAGAAAAGCUAAGAAGAUGGGCGUGAAGCAAGCUCUAAAGAGCCUUGAUGCGUUUCCUCGUGCAGAGGAGCACUUGCUGCAGAAGACACAAUCUGGGGCUAUUGUCUCUCUUUUGGGUCUAGCCAUAAUGGCAACUUUGUUCUUGCAUGAGCUGAGGUAUUAUCUUACCACAUACACGGUGCAUCAGAUGUCUGUGGAUUUGAAGCGAGGAGAAACUCUUCCAAUUCACAUAAAUAUGACAUUUCCUUCCUUGCCUUGUGAUGUAUUAAGUGUUGAUGCUAUUGAUAUGUCGGGCAAACAUGAAGUGGAUCUUGAUACAAACAUAUGGAAACUUCGUUUGGAUAGUCAUGGCCAUAUCGUCGGCACUGAAUACUUAUCUGACCUUGUGGAGAAGGAACAUUCUGCUCACAAGCAUGAUGAUAAAGAACAUCAUGAAGAUUCUGACCAUACGCUUCAUACACUCGGUUUUGAUCAAGAUGCUGAAAAAAUGAUUAAGAAGGUGAAGGAAGCAUUGGCAAAUGGGGAAGGAUGUCGGGUUUAUGGGGUUUUAGAUGUCCAAAGGGUUGCUGGAAACUUCCAUAUUUCUGUUCAUGGAUUAAACAUAUAUGUUGCUCAAAUGAUUUUUGGAGGUUCCAAGCAUGUAAAUGUUAGUCAUGUAAUUCACGAUUUAUCAUUUGGGCCAAAAUAUCCUGGAAUUCACAACCCACUUGAUGGAACAACGCGCAUCCUGCGUGAUACUAGUGGAACAUUUAAAUACUACAUAAAGAUUAUGGCCGAGUUUGAUCGGUCAUGGCCAGCUGUUUACUUCUUAUAUGAUCUAUCACCAAUUACCGUGACAAUCAAGGAAGAACGUCACAGUUUUCUCCAUUUUAUCACUCGGCUAUGUGCUGUAUUAGGUGGUACAUUUGCAUUGACAGGAAUGUUAGAUCGCUGGAUGUAUCGACUUCUCGAGUUGGUGACUAAGCCACGACCUAGAAGUGUAAGGUGAUAAGAGUU